CCAAACAACGGAUGAAGAAAGGACACAAGCGGCGGUGUGCCACCCCAGUUGAUGGAAGACAUCAUUCUGAGGUAAGUUUUAAGGUGGUUUCCAAAUGAAUCAUUAUUUUAAACUACUGGCAAAUUGCCAGUGACUGCACAUUUAGAGGAGAAGAGAUGUUGCCGCCAAUAGUUAGUGCGAGUCGGCUAACGUUAUGAAGCUAGCUACGUAGAUUGGGAUAAUGUGGGGAAACCGGGGCAUUGUUGGUUUUCAGUAAGUGUUUAAUCAACCCAGUUCAUAAGAAUUUCAUACCAGACUGAUGAAACUGAUUAUCUCAAUGUUUAUGAAGCUUGUUUAUUAUUGUAAAGGUCUAAAUUAUAACGUUAGCCAAGUUACUAAGCCCUAAAUUAUAACAUUAGCCAAGUUACUUAGCCCUAACUAACCUAUAUGAUCUAGUUUAAUUGCAUAGUAGCUAAGCUGGUAGUUGAUUUUUAAGUAAGUUAAAACACAAGAAUGGGGACAAAUAGUUUAAGAUUCAGCCUAAAACAAUAUUGAGGUCUAAUCAGGCUGUCUUAUUUUGUAUAGGGACAGGUAACCAUGAAAAGGAAGGGAGAUAUUGCAGACUUUUUUGUAAAGAGGCACAAAUCAGGCCCAGAUCAGGCCCAGGCAGACCCCACCCCUAAAACCAGCAGCCCUGGCAGCUCUCAACCGGGAGCUAGCCAGGCAAGUCAGUGUGAGCAUAGAGAAGGAUCCAGUCUACCACCACCAGGUCAGAACACACAGGCAGUAAAUUGCAUCUCCAGUUUAUUGAAAAGUGAAGCCUCACACUGUAACAAAAGACAUCAAUAAUGACUGGCCAGACCUGUGGAGUGCUAAACAAACAGAAGACUUCAAAUCCAAGAACCCCUGGUUGGGAUCCAAAAACAAAAAAUUGGGAUGUCUGGUCUGUAGCAGUGUGAACUCCAUUGGGAUCGACAAGGAGCAAGGACAAGGUGUAUCGCUCUCAAGAGAAUGGAUGAACUUUGAAAUUCAAGUGUCUGGCCAGGGAAGUAGAACAACAAGUUUGUCAAUCUUGAGAAAUAAGGUGAGGAAACAUGCGUUGUCCAAGGCCCACACUCAGGCUGUGAAGGUGGCAGAGCAACAGAAAGAAGCUGCCAUUGAGAAUGCAGUGGAGACUAUGACUGAGUCCUACAUGAAGGAAACUGAAGCUGUGUUUCGAACAGCCUACCAUCUGGCCAAAAAGAACCGACCCUUUUCUGACCAUGAGAGCCUCAUUGAGCUGCAGGAACUGAAUGGUGUAAAAAUGGGCUCAAUACUUCAUUCACGUUACAGUGCAACACAAAUAAUACAACAUGUUGCUAGUGAGAUGCAGAGCAAAAUCAUCAGUAGCAUUAUAGCAUCAUCCAGUAAGUUAGCUGUCCUAAUUGACGAGGCAUCUUCUUUAAGUCACAAAGCUGUCAUGACAGUUUCUAUUAAAGCAUCAAUUCAAGAAGAAAGCCCUGAGUUCAUAUUCCUGGAACUUGUUGAACUGGAAAAUCAGAGAGCAGAUGGCAUAUUACAGGCGUUACUCACCUGUUUAACUAAUGCUGGCUUUACAGAAGAGUGGCUUCAUGAAAACUGGGUAACAUUUGUAUCUGAUGGAGCCAGUGUCAUGCUAGGAAAGAAGUCAGGAGUAGCAACCAGACUGACUUUGAGAUUCCCAAAGCUUUUUGUAUGGCACUGCAUGAACCAUAGACUUGAACUUGCUGUGUCAGAUGCAGUUGAUGAGGUAAACUCUGUCAAUCACUUUAAAACUUUUAUCCAGAAGCUAUACUCUCUGUAUAGUGUGUCAAACAAAAAUGAACGUGAACUUGUUAAUGCAGCAGCUGAAGUAGGCUCACAACUUCUUCGCAUUGGCAGAAUCUUGGAUGUACGCUGGGUGGCCAGUAGCUUUCGGACUGUUCGUGCUGUUUGGACAUCCCUGGGAGCUCUUGUGCAGCACUUUAAAAAUGCUUGCAGUGAUGAGAUGAGGUCCACCAAAGAGAGGCAGAUGUACAGAGGUUUGUUAGACCGUGUUCAAAGUCCAGAAUUCAUUUGUGACCUUGGCCUCAUGUACGACACUCUCCAUGAACUAAGUCUCCUGUCACAGGAGCUUCAGUCUCGUUCUAUAACGCUCCUCAGAGCAGAGCAUCUGCUGAAACGCUCAAUCAGAGUGAUCCAGUCAUUCAAAGAGAGUCCAGGUGAGAAAUAUAGUGAGGCUUUAGAAGCAAAACAGACUGGGGAGUAUCGGUCUAUAGCCCUGAAAACAAAUGCAAAGCUGAAGUCUAUCAAUCCAGGCCAGUUCUUACAAAGCCUUGUGAACAAUCUGGAGAAACGCUUGUCUUUUGAAGAUGAGACCAUCAUGGACCUCAGCAUCCUUGAUCAGAGUAAGUGGCCAUCAAAGCCCAGCAUCCGCCAUGGUGAAGAACAAGUUAAGCGACUGUGCAAGCGAUUUAACUUGUGCACAGACCAAGCACUGAAUGGGAUGCGGGACCUACUGGAAGAGCCCAGUAGUGAGCCCAAGGACCUAAAACCACUUAUGAACUGUAUGAAAACAUUCCCUGUCGGUACAGCAGAGUGUGAGAGGAAUUUUAGCCUUAUGAACAAUAUAAGCUCAGACAAGAGGGCUGUCCUUCUGAUCUCAAACAUAUCAAACUUGAUGAUGAUUAAUAUCAACGGCCCACCAACUUCCAAGUUUGAUCCUAGAAAAUAUACAAGGACCUGGUUGAAGAGCCAUCGUGCUGCCUCUUCGGUGCGUUCUAGACAGUGCAGUGUGAAAGCUCCUGCAGAAAGCAAAUUUGUCUGGAAUAUACUGUAGUAU